AUGGAGGCCAGCGGAUCCACGCGCCCCGCCGCCGUGCUCCUCGUCCUGCUGUGCUCGCAGCUGCUGGCGGCGGCGGCGGCGCUCGCGGCGGCUACAGGCGGCGGCUCAGGGAAGAAGGCGGCGGCGGCGGCGGCCUACGUUGUGUACCUCGGCGGGCACCCGCGGCGCGACGGCGUGCUGUCGGCGGAGGAGGCGUCCCGGAGGGCCGCCGACGCGCACCGCAACCUCCUCGCCGCCGUCCUGGGGGACAGGGAGAAGGCGCGCGAGGCCAUCUUCUACUCGUACACCAAGCACAUCAACGGCUUCGCCGCCACCCUCGAUCCCGGCGACGCCGCCGAGGUUGCGAAGUACCCCGGAGUGGUGUCGGUGUUCCCGAACCGGGGCCGCAAGCUGCAGACGACGAGGUCGUGGCAGUUCCUGAGGCUCGAGAGGGACGGCGACGUCCCGCCGUGGUCGGCCUGGGCCACGGCCAGGUACGGCGAGGACACCAUCAUCGGGAACCUCGACUCCGGCGUCUGGCCCGAGUCCAAGAGCUUCGGCGAGGGCGAAAUGGGCCCGAUCCCCGACGACUGGAAGGGCAUCUGCCAGAACGAGCACGACGCCACCUUCCAUUGCAACAGGUCGGUUCACCUCACAGAUUUUUGCAGUCAGAUCAACAGCAGAUUUUUGGUAGUUGAUCCAACUGUGGUGUCACCAUGCAGCAAGCUCAUCGGCGCGCGCUACUUCAACAAGGGGUACGAGGCGGCGGCGGGGAAGCCCGUGGACGACGCGCUGAAGACGCCGCGGGACGAGAACGGGCACGGCACGCACACCCUGUCGACGGCGGGGGGCGCGGCGGUGCGCGGCGCGGCAGCGUUCGGGUACGGCGGCGGCACGGCGCGCGGCGGCGCCCCGCGCGCGCGCGUGGCGGCCUACCGCAUCUGCUUCCGCCCCAUCAACGGCAGCGAGUGCUUCGACGCCGACGUCCUCGCGGGCUUCGAGGCCGCCAUCGCCGACGGCGUGCACGUCAUCUCGGCCUCCGUCGGCGGCGACGCCACCGACUACCUCGACGACGCCGUCGCCAUCGGCUCGCUCCACGCCGUCAAGGCCGGCGUCACCGUCGUCUGCUCCGCCAGCAACUCCGGCCCGGACCCCGGCACCGUCACCAACGUCGCGCCGUGGAUCCUCACCGUCGCCGCCAGCUCCACCGACAGGGAGUUCCCGGCCUUCGCCGUCUUCAACCGCACGAGGAUCCAGGGCCGGAGCCUCUCGGAGAGGUGGCUGCACGGGAAAGGCUUCUACAUCAUCAUCAAUGGCGCUGAGGCCACAGCUCCUGGCAGCACGCAGAAAGACGCGCAGGCAUGCUUGCUGGGGUCGCUGGACCCGGAGAAGACCAAGGGGAAGAUCGUGGUGUGCGUGAGAGGGGCCAUCACGAGGGUGGAGAAGGGCGAGGCCGUGCGCCGCGCCGGCGGCGCCGCCAUGAUCCUCGUCAACGACGAGGUCUCCGGGAACGACCUCCACGCCGACCCGCACGUGCUCCCGGCGGUGCACAUCUCGUACGCCGACGGGCUCACGCUCUCGGACUACAUCAAGAACAGCAAGGUCCCGUCCGGCUUCGUCAUCAAGGGGAAGACGAUCAUCGGCAUCAGGCCGGCGCCGGUCAUGGCGGAUUUCUCGUCUCAGGGGCCGAACAUAGUGAACCCCGAGAUCCUCAAGCCGGACGUCACGGCGCCGGGGGUGAGCGUGAUCGCCGCCUGGACCGGCGCGGCGGCGCCCACGGACCGGCCCUACGACCUGCGCCGCGUGCCGUUCAACGUCCUGUCCGGCACGUCCAUGUCGUGCCCGCACGUGUCCGGCGUCGCCGGCCUGAUCAAGACCCUGCACCGCGACUGGAGCCCCGCCGCCAUCAAGUCGGCCAUCAUGACUAGCGCCACGGAUCUGGACGCCGAACGGAACCCGAUCAAGAACUCGUCCCACGCGGCGGCGACGCCGUUCAGCUACGGCGCCGGGCACGUGUACCCGAACCGGGCGGUGGACCCGGGGCUCGUCUACGACAUGUCCAUCGUCGACUACCUCGACUUCCUCUGCGCGCUCGGGUACAACGCGACGGCCAUGGAGACCUUCAACAGGGGCUCGUUCGUGUGCCCCACCGCCGCCAUGAGACUCCAGGACCUCAACUACCCGUCCAUCACCGCGCACGGCCUCCACGCCGGCACCACCACGGUGGUGCGGCGCAGGGUCAAGAACGUCGGCGUGCCGGGGACGUACACGGCCACCGUCGUCAGGGAGCCGGAAGGAGUGCGCGUGGCGGUGACGCCGCCGAUGCUGGUGUUCAGGGGAGCCGGCGAGGAAAAGGAGUUCGCCGUGAGCUUCACGGUCGGGAACCCUGCCCCGGUCACGGGCUACACGUUUGGCGCCAUGGUCUGGUCUGAUGGGAGCCAUCAGGUGAGAAGUCCGCUGGUUGUGAAGAUCAUGGGGAACGAAUGACCUGGACAUUUUAUCACUUGGUAGAUUGAACUAGGAAUCUAGCUAGUGGAGAGAAAGCAGAAGGUAGGUAGCGGCUUUGAGCACUAGGACAGGAUAAAAUGUGGCAUGGAUUUGAAUUUAACCACUGGUUGAAUAACACAGCGCAAAAGAUUUGAAUUGAUCCAGUGUGUGUUACUAGGUCCAACUUAUGUCAUUGGUUGAGAAUCUGCAGUGUGUGUUACUAGGUCCAACUUAUGUCAUUGGCUGAGAAUCAGAUUCUUGGAAUUUGUUUCACGAGUUUUUUCUCCUUGAA